CCACGUGACGAGGUUAACCCUCUAUUGCGCUUCAGGUCACAAAUGAUUGGUUAAAAUUUUAUAUUUAUAUUAGCAACACAGUCAAAAUCCUAUUCUCAAGCGUACCCGGUUAAUCCGGUAAAAUGGAUGCAACAAAACAGGACCCUUUUGUCAAUGAUUCAUAUUUUUGGACAUUAUUAAGGUGAGAUUUUUAUGUGUGUUCAGAUAAGCCUAUACUUUAUACUAUUAUAGUGAGCAUAGGCAAGGCUACGGAAUUAGUAAUUUAUUAGUAAGUAGGUUAGUAGGCGGUUGGCCUAAUUUUUAAUUAAAAUAAUUUAUCUUAUUUAGUGCCUAAUGCCUAAUCAAUCAUCAAUAAAUAAUCAUAUGCCAGCUAUCAUCAUGAAAUUAUGUCAGAUCAAGCCAAGUGACUGAAAUUCAAUAAAGUCAAUAAUCUGUUUGGCCGCCCUAGUCCUACUUAGACUAAGUACCGUAGCCGUAACAAUCUAAGAUUUUAAGAUAUGACCGACUGUGACUGUGACAGUGAUAGUGUGUGACUUUGAAUUGAGUAUGGGCAUGGGAUGGGCGUUAAUGGCAUUAUUAAAUUUGAACAUGGCAUUGCAUGGAAAACUUGUGGAAUAUUUCAGUUUCACCUCAGAUAUUAAGCCAAGUCACUAUUGUCAGCAAAUUUAAUUAUUUGAACGGUGUGGCUUGGGCUCUGGAUAUCAUCUGCUCUUAUACUUAUAGGGCCUAUAUAUUUUGCCCCUGGUGCUACCUGCUUCCUCUUCAUAACCUCCCCCCCCCCCCACCACUUGACAUGUUUAUAUUAAAAGUACAGAGUGAAAAAAAAAAGGAUGGAACGCCGGGGGGGGGGGGGGGGGGUAGGCGACUGUGAUAUUAUUUAUUAUUUUGUCUUACUUUAUAGUAUAAUUCAGUCAAAAUAAAUUGACGUAAAAUUUUAACGUGAACUGAAAAAAAUAUUGGAACAAAUUUCCCUUUGAUCAAAUUUCCAUCGACAAAAUUUCUUUAAACAAAUUUGAGAUAUUUGUCAGUCAGCCUUGUCACGUCACCGCUAAUAGUCGAUCAGAGUUUACAUUGUUGGGUCGCCUUAGACACUGCCUUGUUUCUAUCGAAGCGAACCGCAAUCUAUAAAUUAUUCUUCAAUCACCAAUUGAUCCGAUCAUGAUUCAUCCUUUUACUAGGCUAAAAAAUAAUUCAUUUGUCCUAUGAUUUGUUUUUUUGUUAAAGCUUUUCUUAAUUAAAUGGAUAAAUCUUUUGAUAGUGGUGGGUACAAUGAUAUUAAUAAACUUAUUUUAACACAAAAAAAAACAACUGCAGCUAAAGCAGUGAAUCUUCGACACCCAUGUCUAAUUUCUUUGCUAAGGAAUCGGACGAUUCACUUAUCAGAUCGGAAGUUUUAUUUACCACUUUUCUUAUUGAAGGAAAUAUUUCUCUUGCCAACUCCGAUAGUUUUAAUGCCAGAGUCAAAGAAAUGUUUCCAGACUUGCAGAUUGCUAGAAGAUUGUGAAGAAAAAUUACAAUGAAACAAGCAGGGGCAAGCAUGAAAGUUGAUACUCUUUCUAACUUGCUUGUAACUAAAAUCAACUGCAGUAAUAACCUUCAGUUGUUCAAAGAGAUGUUGGAAAAGUGCAAAUAGGCCACUAGGGAUAUGGUUUAAACCCCCCCUUUUCCAUCACUACAGAUGUUUUCCUUGGUCUGUGACCUGCCCCCCCCUCCCCCCAAUAAAAAAAUCAUCACUAAAUUGUAACACAGACAUUUUUGUCAAACACCAUCAAAAAUUUGUGAUUUUCUUUCCAUUUGUAUGUCUGCCAUUGUAAGGGAUGGCUCCUAAACACAAAUAUUUUUUCAAUAAAAUGUUUUACAAUUGUAUUUUUAUUUUAAUUCAAUAGCUUUUAUUAAGUUUUAUAAAACCAUCUGAAUAGAUUCCACUAUUUGAAAUUGAAUUGUAAUAACAGUGCAAAAUGAAUUUGAAAGGAUUGAUAAUGAAGCAACUGGGUUGGUUCUUUUGUAUGAUGCUACUACUGAAUAUAAGUAACAGUGAGUUCAUUUGGAAAAAAUUGAUUCCAUGAAAAAUGCAGAAGAUAAUUUAAUACCUGAUGCCUGUACCCGGUAUCUGUAAAAAUUGAAGGUUGAAACCUACACAGAGUUACUAGAUUGUGUCAUAAAUAAACAUUGGAAAUUUUUAAAAAUGCUUAUCUGACUCCAUAUCAUUGAGCUAUUUCAAUCUCAAUUUACGAUUGAAAGAAAGUUUGGUAGUGGAUUGGAUAAAUAAUUUAUCAAAGAAAUGAUGCCUUGACAAAAAAAGCUUUUGAAAAUUGUCAACUUUAACAGGCUAGUGUCAUGAAAAAUAUUAUUAGUAAAAUUAAAAUACUGUUAACAGGGUUGGGCUUAUCAACUUUGGCACCCCUUCCUCCUACAAAUAUUCAGGUCAACAUCAACUGUUAAUAAUUUAAAGGGUGCUUUUGGAGAAGACAGAAAUUAAUAUAGUCCUAAUAUUAAAAUAUGUCUUAUUCUGCCAAGUAUAAUCAAUAAAGCAUAAACUAUAAUUUAGAUUUCAAAUAGAAAAUUAAAACUAACCAGUUUGGAAUGAACAUUUCCUUUAUUGAAAAGGUGUAGCUUUUAACACUAACAAGAAAAAAUCCCUACAUUUAAUACAGUUAAUAUGCAAUUUUUAAAUUUCCAAAUAUUUAAGGGGCAUCAUAACUACUAUACUAUUCUACCAUGAAUUUUUCCUGACUUUUGGGAUAGUAAAUCUAGUCAACUUGCAACAUCAUUCUCAAUAGACAACAAAGCCAGAGAAUUGAUUUUUUUUUCCUGAGUCAUAGAUGCUCUUUAAAAAAUAGAAUUUAAUUUUUUAAGAAAAACUUCUGUUUCUAUUUGCAACACUGACUGGAAUGUCAGAAAAUUUUGAAGAGAAAUGAAUAUAUUUGUAAAACCCUCUAGACAUUGAUUAAUGUGUAAAAAUGUAAGAACUUUCAGUGGUGAUUUUUUUUCCCUUGGCAGCCAAUGUAAAAAUAUAAAUAUGUCUUAAAUAAUUCAAAUCCUUCAAAACGUUCUGUCUAAGAAUUAAUAGCAGUAAAAACUAUGAUAUUGAAAUUUUUCAACAUGAUAAUGAUAACAGGCUUCAGGAUUGUCAAUAGAUCAAAUUCAUAAUUAAACUGCCUUUCUUGUGAAGAACUUGCUUUGUUGUAGGGAAAGGACUUGCCCUAACAUCAAUAUUUUCUGCAAGUUUCUUUGCUGCUUUAUGUUCAGAAAACCUUUUUCUCUGACUACUGAAUGUAUUAAAAAUAUGUGUGCUUCUUACAUAAGUUUAAUAACAUUAACAUUUUAAAGCAAAAACCAAUGAGUAAAAAUAACAAUUAAAUUAAACUAUACUGUAAUGAUGUAACAAUCUACAUAUUUUGUGUGUGUGACCCCAGGGUCUUAUUGCUACGCAUUCCAUUACCCCACUAAUCAUUUUCUUUAACAUUUUUUGUUGUUACAUCAGGAUUUACCAAAUUUUGAACUAUUAAAAAUAUCUUGAGUUAAUUCUGUGUAACUAAUUCAACUUUAGUCACUGAUAAUUAAUUACAAAUAUUGUUGACCUAAUUGUGUUUUUUUUGUUUUUUUUGCAGAGAAAUCCUUGUCAUGAAAUUUGACAUCAGUAAAAUGGCACAACAAAAGAACAAGGAUCAAAAGCAGGUUUUCCUGGAGGAUCAGAAACAGCUUUUCCAGGAUGAUCAGAAACAGCUUUUUCUGGAGGAUCAGAAGCAGCUUUACCAGGAGGAUCAGAAGCAGCUUUUCCAGAAGGAUCAGAAGCAGCUUUUCCAGGAGGAUCAGAAACAGCUUUUCCUGGAGGAUAAGAAACAGCUUUUCCCGGAGGACCAAAAACAGUUUUUUCUGAUCCACCUGCUACCGCUUCAUCUAAAUCUGAUAGUCCUUGGGAUUCUGGUGACUUUAUUCAAAUGGCAACUCCUCAGUGAGUCACAGGAUAAGGAAAGUCACUCUAUUAACGAGCAUCAACAAAGCAUUGAUGUGGCUAUUGAUGAAGAUCAGUUGAGAGUCACAGGUAUAAGCUUUGAAACCUUCACUCAAUCACAUGAGAAGAUAAUAUCAGUGCCAACUUUACCAUUACAGUCGUCGAAAACAGCUGACCCUAAGUUUUCCCUGGUGAUCAAUGAGAACUUAAAGCAACAGACAGAGAAAAACAUUGACUUCUUUAUCAGACAAUCCAAGUUUGGUUUGUGUGAAAAUCACAUCCACCAAACAAAUAUCAUAAGCAGCCCAAACAAUGAGCUGCCGUACUUUGUGCCAGUGUCAGCAUAGCUGGCCUUUGGACACUCAGGGAUCUAAAAGAGACCCUGUUAACAGCGAAAAAGCCUGGCUUGAUUUUGCUGUUCGGCUUCUGUCUAGAGAGGUGGUGGGAAAAGGCAGAGGUCAAGAAACUGUGUGGAGUGAAAGGUGUAAACCUGUUUGGUGGGAUGAGCAAGUUGGUCUUCCUUGGAAGAACCCAACUUCAAAUCCCAAAGAUACAAAAGACAUUUUGCAGAAAAAGUACUCAGUGUUGGAGAAAUAUUUAUCUGCAGAUGGUAGGUUUCCUAGAGAGCUUGAAGAGGAGGCCAAGUUAUGGAAUGAAGGCAAGAUUAAAGAACUUUUUCUCUUAACAACACUGACCAGCUUACUGGGGAAAGUAACUGGUUUACAUGUUGCAGUUGUUGAUGCAUGUCAGCAAGUUGACAUAAUGAAGGCAGGGGUUAACAAUUAUUUAUUGAGAGACAUCAAGCAGUGCCUGACUGCCACACUCAAGGAAACAGAAAAUUUUAAAGUUAGCAAUGCACAACCUAACAUGCUACCUGGUAAAGAAAAUAAUGUUAAACCCUCAAAACGCAGAAGAGUUGAACCUGCUACUAAUAAACCAUCUGAAACUACUACCCUGACCUUGAAAAAGGUUUUAAUAUCUCCAAAGUAUAAGAAAGUUGAAGAUGUUGCCCCUAAUCCAACUUCAUCCUUACAAAAAGAAUCAAUAAAUCAUACGCCAGAUCCCAAAAAACAGGAGGAGAUUUUAGCUGUAGCUCAGAAGAUUUUGGGUAAGAGAAGAAAUCAGUCAGUCAAUGCUAGAGUUAGAGGAAAGUUUGUAGAGAAUAUCUUACCAAAACCACACGAGUCUGUGGCUAUAAUUAAUUUGCCACCAGUAUAUAGUCUGACAACUUUGCCCCCAGUGAAGGGAAAUGCAUGCAUAUCCAUGGAACCUAACAGCCUCUUAAAAGUCAUCAGCCCAAUUUCUCUUGUUCAGAUAACAGAUCCUGAAAACACCGGGCAUUUUUUAAAUACACGCUCAACACAUUCCCUCACUCCUGUAAAUUUUAGUUCAUUAAACCUGCAAGAUGUGUCUCAAACAAGUAAACAUAAUUUAUUAAAUGAUGGCAGAAACAGUGGAAUAUCAAUACAUUUGUAUAGUUCUUCUGAAAGCUCAAUUGCCACUGCAAUCCAAGAUUCGAAUCCUUCACCCUUUGUCUGUGCUCUCAAUAGUCCCAAUACUUCUUCUCUAGGCAGCUCACCAACUUCAUUCUCAUCCAUUGCAAGGAGUGAAGACAUCACAAGCUUAGGGGGUUGUAGCAGAAGCAAUAUUGACCCUAUAGAGAAUGUUUUUCUCUCUUACCCUGUGCUAACAAUAUCAGGGUCUGAAACUCCCAUGGAUAGGGUGGCCACAUUUAGUGAUGCAAGUUUGGCUGUGUUAAACAACAGCUGCUCCACUGAUAGUGGUUUCAGUGAUUCUGAUUUCUCAGAUGCAAGUCAAUGUGGUCAAGGUCACAUGUUUGAAAAUGUGAUUGAUAGGUUGGGCUUGGAUGAAAUGUCACCUUAUCUGUGGCAAGAAGAUGGUUCAUUACAUUUGGACAGAUUUUUGGACGAUUUGGAUUAAUUAAAAUAGAAAUUAUGUUCUUUUCUAUUUCAAACAUUGUAAAUAUUCAAUUAUAGUUGUUGUUUUUUUUUUUGUUUUUUUUGUUGUUACUAUUUUCCAUCUUUAUUUCAAGAUUGAAUUUGGAUCUACACAAAUUUAAUACUUAAAAUUAGCUUAUGUGAAGAAAAAUAAGAGAUAAAUGAAGUCAAUAGUUAACACUAUAUGUCUUCAAAGUAAUGACAUUUGGUGGGAGCCCUUGCCUUCAUUAUUUUGCAUGCAACUGUUUUAUAUUUUGCAUUUUAAAUUUAAUUAAUGUAGAAAGCUUGUAUUUUAAUUUUAUAACAUAGCUCUUUCAUUGUAUUAUUAUGUCUUUACCCUGUGAUCUAAUUUACAACAAAUAGAUUUGUCUCAGAUACCCGGUAAAUCAAUAAAUGAUAUUAUCUGUCACAUUUUUAAAGGGAUGGAAUUCAACUGAAAAAACAAAUUGAACUAUAUUUUUCUUGCAUUGAAAUUACUUGAGCAUUAGUUUAAGCUGUUCUUUUUUUUUUUUAAAUGUUAAGCGAAUUUGUUUAAAGAAGUAAAAGAAAAGAUAAAUAUUUGGUUUUAAUAACUUAAUAACUAGGAAACAUGUUGAUGAGUAUUUGUGUUCUAGUAAUAAUUAAUUUUAUAUAGUUAGUGUAACUUGCAAAUAAAAUUACUUAGCUCCAAAAAUGUUUAGUGCAUUGUCAGUUUAUGUUCAUUUAAUUAUAAUAUUGUGGUUCUUUAUGAGGGAUGGGGUUUGGCCCAGUGGGAGAUGGUUUGGCUCAGUAAGCUGUAAAGUAUUCACUGGGUUAUGGGGGCGCUCGGAUUGUUUACCAGAGCACUGGUAAAUUAUAUUAGGAAAACUGUUUUUAAUUUAAAAAGAAAAUUUUAUUUUUACAUGGACAACAUUAAAAUAUAAAAUAGUAUUUUGAAUGUUGGCAUUAAAAAAAAGAGUCACAGAAAGACAUUUAUUUCACCACCACUAGAAAAGACCUUUGAUCUAAGCAGCUGUAAAAAUAAAUCCAUUUUUUUUUAUGUACAAUGGGCCAAUGAGCAGACAACAAAGUAUUAUUUAUUUUCACUUAUUUGUGUUAAUUGCUUUUUGCUGACACACCCUUUGUUUUGUCUUGACUAGUGUUCGUUCCCCCACAUCAUAAUAAAC